UGUGCGAGCGUGAGCGGACGAGUGAGUGAGUGAGUGCGGGGUUGGGGUGGUAGCCGAGAGAGAUCGGCUGCAAGUGCAUGGAUCUCGGGGCUGGCGCGUAGUCGUAUCGGGGCUGGCGCGCAAACGAAUCGCAAGCGACGAGCGGUGUUCCGCUACUCGGCCGUCGUGUUAUUGUCAACCGCAGAUCCAUCGUCGUCGUCGUCAUCAUAAGGAAUCGUCAACAAAGUCAUCAGCAUUGUCAUUCGAAUCAUAAUUGUCACCGUCAUCGCCGUCAUCAUCAUCAUCAUCCCAGCGCAGCAAAGUGCUGCCACCACAAGCACCACCACAUCACAAUCAUCAUCGGAGCCACCAAUCAGCGGUGUCAUCAUUGUCCGUGUCAUUAUCAUCAUCAUCAUCAUCCUCCUCCAAGCGCAGCAAAGUGCCGCCGCACACCAAAGAAAGUUAGACAACGACCCGACACUGCCAGCCAGCGGCUGUUCACCUCCAAACUCACCGCGCGCGCGGUCCUUACUCACCAUCCUCCUCCUCCUGCUUCUCUCUGCAAACUCCGGCUUCGCCCCGGGCCAACCCCGCGCCGCGUGUCACCAGGAGUCGUCUCGGACCGCCCGUCUCCGCUGUCUCCGCGAGAGAACAGCCCCCCGGCCAUGCUGCCCAAGGCGUCCGAUUUGCACUGCGAUCUAUUCCCGGUGGGCCACGCCAUGGACUCGCUGCACGAGCACUCGAUGGUGGGACACAGAGUCGGCGAAGGGCACAAGGUGCGGGAAUUCCCCUACGAGGAGGAGCUGGACGAGCUGUGCCCGGUGUGCGGGGACAAAGUGUCGGGGUACCACUACGGCCUGCUCACCUGCGAGAGCUGCAAGGGCUUCUUCAAGCGCACGGUGCAGAACAACAAGCGCUACACGUGCAUCGAGAGCCAGAGCUGCCCCAUCGACAAGACCCAGCGCAAGCGCUGCCCCUACUGCCGCUUCCAGAAGUGUCUCAGCGUGGGCAUGAAGCUGGAAGCCGUGCGAGCCGACCGCAUGCGCGGCGGGAGGAACAAGUUCGGCCCCAUGUACAAGCGCGACCGGGCCCUCAAGCAGCAGAAGAAGGCGAUCAUCCGUGCCACGAGCGGCCCUGGCAUCCUCAAGAUGGAGACGUCGCCGGAGCAGGCCAACCACCACCUACCGCCGCUACACCACCACCAGAACCACAACCACCACCAGCAGCACCACCACCAACACCACCACCACCAGCAGCAACAACAGCAGCAGCACCACCACAACCACCACCAGCACCACCACCACCAGCACGAUGACUUUGAGCAGUCGGCGAGCGUGACGCCGCUGUCGUACGGCCACGGCUCGGCGCGGUGCGGCUACGCUUUCCCGGCGGUGGCGGCGGCGCCCCCGUCGGCCGGCCCGCAGUCGGAGUUCGAGCACCGGGGUCAGUUCGCGGCGUCGCCGGGCGGCGUGCCGCUGCCGUGCUCCUAUCCCGCGGCGUACGCCAGCCGUGGCAUCAAGUCGGAGCACGGCGAUCCGUACGCCGACGGCUCGCCGGACGCGUACCUGUCGUCGGGCGUGCCCGGCUACUCGCCGAUAGAGCGCCACCGGGCGCCGGCGCCGGACGCCGCGGUGCCGCGGCUGCUCGCCGAGCUGAUGCGGUGCGAGCCAGACGAGGAGACGACGCGGGCGCGCGUCACGGCGCAGCUGCAGCAGGACGAGUGGGGAGUCGGCGGGGCUGGCGGAGGAGUCGCGGGUUUGGGGCCUGGCGCCGGCUGUCUCAACGCCUUCGGCGGGGCGGGCGCCGUCGGCCGGGCGCGGCACGCGGGAGGCGCGGGAGGCGCGGCGUUGGCGUCGCACCACCACCACCACCACCUGCCCCGCGCCGACCACCCCUCGGCGUUCGCCCUCAUGUGCAAGAUGGCCGACCAGACGCUGUUCACGCUGGUCGAGUGGGCGAGGAGCAGCGUCUUCUUCCGCGAGUUGAAGGUGGACGAUCAGAUGAAGCUGCUGCAGAACUGCUGGAGCGACCUGCUGGUCAUGGACCACAUCCAGCGGCAGGUGCAGCACGGCACGGACGGCGCCAUCCUCCUGGUCACGGGGCAGCAGGUGGACCUGUUCUCGGUGUCGGCGCACGCCAGCGAGGGUCUGCAGUCGCUGCUGUGCCGUGCCCAGGAACUCGUCUCCAAGCUGCGCUCGCUCCACGUCGACAGCCACGAGUUCGUCUGCCUCAAGUACCUGCUGCUCUUCAACCCCGACGUCAAGUUCCUCGAGAACCAGGCGCUGGUGGAGAACGUGCAGGAGCAGGUGAACGCCGCUCUGCUCGAGUACACGCUGUGCCGCGCCGCUCAGCCCCCGCUGCACCACCACCACCACCAGCAGCAGCAGCAGCACCAGCACGGGGACAAGUUCGCGCAGCUGCUGCUGCGCCUGCCGGAGAUCCGCUCCAUGAGCAUCCAGGCCGAGGACUACCUCUACUGCAAGCACGUGAACGGCGAGGUCCCGUGCAACAACCUGCUCAUCGAGAUGCUGCACGCCAAGCAGGCGUGAGCGACGCCCCCCCCCCCC